UAGUGUGCUUCUUCUCUUAGUGUUAUGGCAAUAACUAAAAGUCAGGUUGGAUUUUGGUUUUGGUUUAGGAUUUUUUUAGAUAUUUGUUUGUUUACUUUGAUUCUGGUCCAAUUCCCUAAAUGAACUUUCAGGUAAGCAGUUUUUUUAUUAACCAUUGGUAACAGUCCUGGAGAGAUACUGAUUUUAUGGAGGUAUGAGAAGCAGAAUGUAUACUCUGCUUGUGAAGAUGAGUAUAAUCUGCAAGAUUACUUGCUCACACAAGGACUAUUUCCAUGGAUUCAUCAGCCAUUCUUUUCAGAAAAACACAAACUUUGUUUUUGUCUACAGUCUGGACAGACACAUAUUCAAACAGAAAAAAGCUGAAAAUACAGAGUGACAGCCUUAAGAUGCUCAAUGGAGUUAUUUUUAUUUAGGAACAUAGGGUUGCAAAGAACCUCUUGGGUUGUUUUUAAACAAGUCAAAGUCAUAAUCAUAUAAUUCCUGGUAAAUAGACUCUGCUGAAAUCAAAACAAGCUGUUCUUUUUGAGUUAAAUAGCUAACUCAGGGUGCAGAAUGGGACAGCUGUUGACUGGAGAAAAUAGAUUAGAUUAGAAAUAGUGUUUGCAUCCCAAGAGCUGUACAGAAUUUAAGUCUUUAUUUUCCAUGUAUUUAAGAACAAUUUAGGAUUUAGCUGCCUGCCAGAAUGUGGCUGCAGAGCCUACAAUGAUGUGCAAUUCCCAGUGUGGAAAUUUGUGGAAGCAAAAGAGGCUGAAACAAUGUCUUGUUUUUUCAAACAGGAGAAAACCCAAAAAAGAGUACCUCCUUUUCUCCUAACUAGACCAGUCAAUAGAGAGAGGGUUUGCAGCUGUCUUCAUCUUCUGUGCUCAUAUCAAAUACCAUGUCCCAUUUAAAUGUGCUCUACUGUAUAAGUUAAGGUAGCUAGCCAACUUCUGGGAAGGGCUCUGGUCAGUGGUCAGAUGUCAUCCUUGAACCUUCAAGACACACACUCUUUCAAAACCUGUAAAAUAUUUAAUCUUAUGGUCCACUGUCCCACAGAAUAUACAUAUUUUUGUUAGCUAGCUUUUUCCUUCUUCUCUCUUUCUCUUCUGUCUCUGAUAUUCAUACCACACCCUUUUUGUUUUUUCUUUUAUUCAUAGUUCUUUAGUUUGUUUAUUUUUCAUUUCAUUGAAGAUGCAGCAAAGGGAAAAGAAAGCAAGAGAGCAUUAAAACAAGAGGUCAACAUGAAUGUAGCAAGUGCCUAGAAAUAAUAUUUGGUGCAAUCUGAAGAACAAGAAAGACAGAAGAUCUGGCCUAGAGAUGGCCGCAGCCCCAUGUGCCGGGCAGCCCGGCCCCGCGCCGGCCGUGAGGGCCGCAGCCAGGCGCUGUCCCUGAGGCGAGGAGCGCAGCCCCCGCCAUGGCCUCUGCCCGCCGGGCCCGGCACGCCGGCCGUCCCGACGGAGGCUGGGGAUGGAUGAUUGUUGCUGGCUGCUUCCUCGUCACGAUCUGCACCAGGGCAGUGACAAGGUGCAUCUCCAUUUUUUUUGUGGAGUUUCAGGCAUACUUUGGGCAGGAUUAUGCCAGAACUGCUUGGAUCCACUCCAUUGUUGACUGUGCUACGAUGCUUUGUGCCCCGCUUGGGAGUUUAAUCAGUAAUCAUGUAUCCUGCCAAGUUGGUAUCAUGCUAGGAGGGCUGCUUGCAUCUACUGGACUAAUUUUGAGCUCAUUCGCCACCAGUCUGGAACAUCUCUACUUAUCAUUAGGAGUCCUCACAGGGCUUGGGUUUGCACUUUGUUAUUCUCCAGCCAUUGCGAUGGUGGGCAAAUACUUCAACAAAAGGAAAGCGCUGGCGUAUGGAAUAGCCAUGUCAGGAAGUGGAAUUGGUACCUUCAUCCUUGCCCCUGUGGUCCAGCUCUUAAUUGAGCAGUUUUCCUGGCGAGGAGCUUUGCUCAUUCUGGGAGGUUUUGUACUAAACCUCUGUGUCUGUGGUGCCUUGAUGCGGCCUAUUUCUCUUAAGGAGGACUGUAAAACUGCUCCUGAGUUGCUUGAACAGAAUUAUGUCACUGAAACAGAGAAACAAGACUUAAAGCGAAUGUCCAUCUGUUCACCUUUAAUCAAAUUAUGGCCUCAUGAAUGUUUAUGCUACUGUUCAUGGAAGGAAUAUGACUUCUUGCUGAUGCCAGGCUUCAUGGUGCUGGCAGUGUCAAUUUUAUUUAUGGCAUAUGGCUGCAGCCCUCUUUUUGUCUACCUAGUGCCUUAUGCUUUGAGUGUGGGAGUGAGUCAUCACCAGGCUGCCUUCCUCAUGUCCAUACUUGGUGUCAUAGACAUCAUUGGUAAUAUCACCUUUGGAUGGCUCACAGAUAGAAGGUGCCUGAAGAAACAUCGGUACUUUUGCUACCUCUUUGCUGUGGGAAUGGAUGGCCUUUCUUGUCUUUUCCUGCCAGUUCUCCAAAGCUUCCCCUUGCUUGUGCCUUUCUCAUUUACCUUUGGCUACUUUGAUGGAGCCUAUGUAACGCUGAUCCCUGUUGUGACAGCAGAUGCAGUGGGAACUCCUUUGUUAUCAUCAGCACUGGGUGUUGUGUAUUUUCUUCAUGCCAUACCAUAUCUAGUGAGCCCACCUGUGGCAGGUUGGCUUGUGGACACAACUGGCAGCUAUACUGCAUCAUUUCUCCUGUGUGGAUUUUCUAUGAUAUUUAGCUCAGCGCUAUUGUGCUUUGCAAGACUAGCAAAGAAAAUCAAAAGAACACAUUUGCCAUCCCUCACUGGUAACACAGCCUUGAAACAGCGCAUCUGGACAAACGGAACAAUAGCUUAUUCUGUCACAGCAGAAUUAGACCAAAGGGAUGUUGAAUUUUUGGCUGUGGAUACAAACAGCUUCAGCAACAGGUGACAAGUGCUGUUGAGAUUCAGUAGGGCACAACCUGAGACAGACGUGGCUCAGUGGUGUUACACUGUUGAAGAUACUUCUCCUGUGAAACAAGACCUCUCUCAAUUAGAUUGUUCUGUUGUGUUUUAGUUGGCUUAAAUCUACAUAGAGCAACAGUAAUACCAAGUUAAUGCAGUAAUAGAAGAAUGCUAGACUGAAAAUAGAGUUUGUAGAUACAAGUGUUCACAGAUUUAUUUGAAAUGCAAUGUUGACUCCACAGGGAUCAGUCACCAAAACUGAACAAUAACAUUUACAUUUAAAAAUACUAUUAAUGACCCAAGCUUUUUCAAUUUAUGGUCUAGUAUGUUUCAAUGGACUAAUUACACACACCAUGAAAAAAAUCUCUGAAUUUAUCAGUCUGCAUGAAACUCUUUGUAAAUGAGUGUUUCAAAUGCCAAAGUCAUCUGUUUGGUUUGCUUUUGUUUUGGUUUUGGUUGUUGUUUUUUUUUUUUAAGAAAAUCUGGCAGGAAACUGAUUUUUGCUGAAAGUAUCUCUGGAGCAGCUUUAAUUUUUACAACAUGCCUGAACUUUGUACAUACAUUUCAAUUUAUUUUCAAAUACGGUUUUAGACCUGCUUUUCCACACACUCUAUAGCAAGUUUUAUUUAUUUUUUUUUUCUUCUGGAUACCUUUAAAAUGUGAACUUGUAAACAUUGACAUUCUGGGUAUAAUCUUUCAGCUGAUCCUUGUCUUGGAGGGUGGAAAAUGUGCUAUGGUGGCUCUACUUAUCUGAAGAGGAGUAAAUUUGUACCAUGGGACCAGGCAUGCUGAUAGAAAAAUGUGCUUUAACUGCAUUGGUUGGAAGAAGCCCAAAGGCAGCCCAACCACAGAGCCUCUUCCUCUUGUAAAAUCAGCACCUAUUAGAGAGCUUUAGAGUCCGUGCAACCAGAUGGCUGAGAGAUUGCCCACCCCACUGGCUGAUAAUGGAGAGGAUGUUGGCAGAAUUGUUCCUGUGUAUUGCAGUGGCAAGUCUGUCUCUUUUCAGACCCAGAAACUGCAUCUUCAGGUGGUGCCAAUUGCUCAUUUGUACCAUCUGAAGAGCUGUCAGGUCACUUUUCCUUGAUGGCCAGAACACAAGAGCUGUGACUUGCUGGCAGUUUCCUGCUGCUUGUAUGAGGUAUAUACUCCAGUUGGCUGCUUCACAGGAGCUAGGGAGUGAAUGUAGCUCAUGGAGUAACUUACUGAUGUGAUGGUCUAAAAAAUACUGUGAUUUUCUACAUUUCCAGAGUGAACACAUUGUCAGCAAUGGAAAACCUCACAUUCCACAAUACAAAUAGUUUCAGUGUUUUAAUGCUGUAUCAAGCCAUAUUCUGUUCAUUAACAAAUUGAUCAGAGUCCAAAUAAUUUUCACUUACACUGAACUAGUAGUUUUGUUAGUCUGCAGUAUGUUCAAUGGCUGCUCGUGGUGUCCUUUUCCACUCUGUGCCUUGGAAGUGAAAGCAACAUAGACUGAUGUUUAUCAAUUUGAUUUAGACCAAGAGUACAGCCAUAGGAGUGUAAUGUAUUUAUAUAUACACACACACACAUAUAUAUGAAUAACAUGUGUAUCAAGUAGUUUUGUUUUCCAAGUGUAUUUCAAAUACAACAUAUUCAAAUCAUUUGUGUUUAAAUUAAGCCUUUCUUGCUGUCCUGCUUCAGGAAUGUAGUCAGAGCCAGUAGCAUGAUCUAUGAGCACAGACCACAGAAUAAACAAGAGCAGUGCAAUCUUCUUAAAGCCAAUGACAUAACUUUUCUUCAGCUCAGCAUGAAAACUGACUCUUGGGCCCCAGUUUAGUUUUAACAUAUAUUCAUAAAAAACCCCAAAAAUUAUCCAUGGGUGUUUCUUAAUGAGUUAGGAAAAAUAUGCGCAUUUGGAAAAAAACUAAUUUGUUUUAUUAAUUAUUACUGAUGAAGAUAAUGUUUUAGAUCUUAAUACAAUAUUUUAAUAUUUUAAAAAGUAGGGAAUAGUGGGGUCAAUCAAAACUACAUUUUUUUUGUAACAGGUUAUAAAUUACCACUGUAAAUAAAUUUACAAAAAUUUAAUUACUUUGUUUAUCACAUCACAACAAAUCAUGGAACUGCAUAUUGUAAAAGCCUGUUGGAAUAAUGUCAUAUGCAUUUUUAUCAUAGUAAAUUAUACUGUGUAAUACGUUAUUAGCAUUUUCUUAUUAUUUCAAGAUUUUUUUUCAUAUGCUUUUCCCUUUGUUUUUUAAGCACUACUUAUUGUUUUAAAUAUCUUAUUUAGCAGCAAACAUUCAACUGUUUUUAUCCACAGACCUUUUGUAGAAAAUGGUAAAAUUCUUUCAGGGCUUUCCAAUAGUAUUUCUGCUCUGACUUAAGUCAAUGGAGAAAAGCUUAUAUACUGCAAUAAAGACUUUUGUGCAUAAAGCACACUGUGAAAUAUCAGUCCUGUCAUGAAUGCUCCCACUAAGAAACAGAAGGAAAGAAGCAUAGCAGGAAAUGACCUGGAAGUGGAAGAAAUGGGGACACAAUCCAGGCUGGUGCAGCCUCAGGCCAAACUUCUAGCUCCUGCUCCACAGAACCCAGGCUGAACAGAUCACCUUCAUCCUGCCAUGUGAAAUAUUUCAGGCAAUGCAUUACAGAAAUCUCUGGCUCACAAUAGUUUAAAAGAAUGAUUUAUGAUAUCGGCAAUAUUUUUUUUCAGAGAUGAUAAUAUUCAGGCUGUCCUCCAUAGAGGACAUUUCCUGGCAUGGCUUAGUAUGGGAAUAAAUCAAGAUACCUGAGCUAGCUGUGAACAACUUGCUAGAUGACCACUGCAUGUUUGAGGAUUUAGGGAUCUUUUCCACCCUUAACAAUCCUGUAAUUCUAUGUUCCUACCAGCCCUGAUGGACACAAGCAUUGAUGGAUAUGAGCUCGGCUGGAGCACUGCACUGCUGAGCCUGUCUGGUUCCUCAGGACAGCGUGGUGGGACUUGGCUUGGGGUAACAUCUGUCCAACACAGAUUCUACCUCAGAUAGAUCCUACCUGGGAUUAUGCUCUGUUCUGUGCAGUGGAUGGAAGUUCAGUGUAAGUAAGUGAAACUGCUCACAGCUGCUUUAGUUAUCCCAUGUGUCUCCAUUCCAUGAGGUUUGAAAUGGGAAAAAAUUAAUUAUUUUGAAAUUAUUUAUAUUCCAGUGAUAAUCUGGAACAUUUAAUAAAUUGUACCUUGGAAAGUAGUGUGAAAACAACAUUGGAAAAGUCAAGUACCUUCUGUUGAAAAAUGACUCUUUUUUUAGAAAAAAAUAUUCCUGAAACAUUCCUUUCAGCUUGGAUAAUAAUUUAUCUCCUGAAAGACAAAGGCUGUGUUACUAUAUGGUGAAUGUAUUUUAUAUUGCCAAAUGUUGUUGCUUUGUAUAGUGUUACAAAUUUAUGUGAGAAGGAAGAGCUUGUUUAACUUACACUGUAAUACUACUUCAUGGUCAGCAUAGCAAAGUCCUUAGUGGGGUUUGCCUCAAUAAAUAAUACCUUCUUCUUAGUGAUUA